GACAAUAAUUCGUCGCCUCCGGCCCGCUGACGGUGUCGCGAUAUCGUUUAGAAAAUAAAAUAAAUACAACGGACCGUCCGCGACAGUAAAAUAAUUCUACUAUCGCGUAACGAACGCGCGUUUCGACGGGAUCCCGUCGCCGUCGUCCUCGUUGUCGUCAUCGCCACGGCAGUAGCUGAUUAUUGUUGUGCGCUCGCACGAGGUUAGUGAAUUUCGAUUACGUAGUGCGCGUACGGUAGGAUUGUCGUGCGAUCAUCGUCUCUCGUCCGUACCGGUAUAGAUCUCUAAGCAACGAUAUCGUAAACGUUCAACGACGUUCGACGGUGGAAAACUAUUCGCACCCGUACGCUGUGAAACCCGUAACAUAAGUUGUCCGACCAACAAUUCCGAAUCGCGGCCCGACCCACUGGUAUCAUGAGCCGGAACAGCGAAGCGUCCGAAUAUUUUGGAGCGCAGUCGAUCGGAGAGACAACAGCCACGCGGAUGGACGAGUCCGGCGACGAUUACGUGCUAACGCCGUUGGCUGAGGACGCGGAUGGAGGCGCAGAGGACGAUGGGUCCGUGGUGGCGGCCGAGGACUACGUGCAAUCGCUGGUCACCAUCGAGUCCAACUGGGCCAACGAUUUGGCCGCCAUACGAAAACUGCUGGAAGAAGGAGUCGAUGGUGACGAGACGUGCCCCAGCUGCGGUAUGCCUUUCGACAAGGGCAAAAAAAGAAAACUCAUUGACUCUUGCGGCCACGAACGUUGCUACGCUUGCAUGUUCCGCAACGAAGGAUGUCCGCUUUGCGCGUCUGCUGCUGCUGCUAAUGUGACCGACGACGACGGAGCAAUGAAAGCAUCCAAGAAGUCGUUGGUCGACGAGCCGAUUUACGCGCAAAACACGCGGACCAAUAGGUCCCGGGUGAAGACAAACGGACACUUCUCGCCCUACGUCCAAUCGCGGCAAGGUUCUCAAGAGCUCAACCAUUCGCCCAGCAGACUGCCCAGACCUAACAGAAACUUGGACGAGGUGAUGACACAGAGUUGCCCGACUCCUCCGCAGAACAGAAGGAAAUUCUUUCUCAGCCCGAAAACCAUAAGAAACCAAUGGUCCAUGCGCAGCGGAUCUAGAUCGCCUUCCGACAACGCCCUUUCCGUAAUGUCAGCGUCGACAACGAUAGUGACGGAUCCGCGGAGAUGGUCUUCGGUGGUGUUGGGCAAGAUUAGAUCUUUGUGGUCGUUGAGAGAUGACGAAGGUGGUACCGUGAAACCACGUGGAUCGUUGAGUCAAAGGAGUUGCAACUCUGACACAUUGUACACGAGGCUAGGAUUGUUGUUGUCGCGGGACAGCAACUCCAGAUCGUUUACGGAAGAUGUGUCGUUGUCGAGCAUCAACUCCAAACCCAUGUCGAGCAAUGGGAGUCCCGUGUCCACGCUCACCGGUUCCUCGGAAACUGAACACAAAGCAAUCAAAGAGCAAUCAUCGGACAGCAUUGGAUCGCUCAUGUCCAUGUCCGGGCAGAGUAAUGGGUCGUCUAGUCCACUGACCCGAAGACAUUCUAUCACGACGUUACAAGCAGGCUCUGUAGACGAUUUGCGUCCAUUUAAAUCUAGGCGACAGCCGACCAGGAGGUCUGCUAGGUCCGGUACGAUUAAAGGACCUAUCGAUCCCAAAGUGAGAUUCGCUCAGUACAGAACGUCUCCGCAACAGCAACAACAACUGCAGCAACAACAGCUGAUGCUGAAACCACUGUUCUUCGAGGUGCCUCAACAGGAGUCCGAUCCGCUCUUUUUGGGUCGGGAAUGGUUGGUCCAAGACAUCAGUAACGCGUUGCUGCACGCUCAGUCAUCAGGAGUGGUGGUGACUGGUUUACCGGGCACGGGUAAAACGGCGUUUGUUUUGCAACUAGUCGAACACAGUUGUUUCGGUCGUCUGAAAUCAAAUUUGGACGUGUCAACGAUAAACGGCAAGGAUAGGCCAUCGCUGAAAAAUUCGCAGACCAUCAUAUCCGAGGACGUGAAGUCGCUCGCUACACGCGUGGUCGCCUACCAUUUCUGCCAGGCCGACAACAACAGCACUUGUCUGAUACCUGAAUUCGUACACUCGCUGGCGGCCCAACUUUGCCAGGCACCUCAGUUGAAUAUAUACCGGCAGCACGUGCUGACCGAACUCAACCUUCAGGAUUCGUUGUCAAUGCGCGAGUGCAUCGUCGAUCCCGAUGCGGCGUUCGUUAGAGGUGUUCUGGAGCCCUUGAACGUACUCAGUCGCCUGGCCAACACUAUUGGUACCGACAGUCUGGUCAUCGUCAUCGACGGCCUCUGCGAAGCCGAAUACCAUAGGCCAGACCAUGGUGAUACGAUCGCCUCGUUUCUGGUGAAGCAUAUGCCUAAAUUUCCGGCUUGGCUGAAAAUCGUCGCCACGUUGAGGACCGACCUGGAAGAGGCAUUGCCACCGUUGUCUCUAACAAAAAUUUGCGUGGACGUAAACUCGCCGAACAAAGAGAAUGUUGUUAAGGACUUAAUGGAUUAUAUCAGUUUUCGAGUUACUAAUAGUGCCAGUAUCCAAAAUAAUUUGAUAUCCGGCACUACGGGCCAGUUUAAGUUCUGUCAACACUUGCAAACCAGCAGUCACGGAUCAUUUCUUUUCGCUAAACUGACGUUGGACCUGAUCGAAAGGGGUCAUUUAGUGGCAAAAUCACAAAGUUUCAAGGUCCUACCGAUCACAUUGGCUCAAAUAUAUCAACUUCAUUUCAAUUUGAGAUUCCCUACUACUAGCUCGUUCGAAAAAGUUGCUGACAUAUUGAGCGUAUGUCUCGCAGCACUUUACCCGUUGACGAUUUUAGAAAUUUACUACUCGGUAAAUUCAUUGAACGUGGACGAAUUUAUCUCGUGGGAGGCGUUCUUGCAAAGGUUUAAGUUAAUAUCCGGACUGCUCAUAAAACGGCUAGACAACACCUAUAUGUUUUUUCACCCGUCAUUUAGGGAAUGGUUGAUGAGACGUGACGACAGCGAGUCUAAGAAAUUCAUAUGCGAUUUAAGGAAUGGUCAUUCAGGAAUUGCUCUACGGUUUUCGAGACUCCAAGCGCCAUUAGACUCUGAAAAAACUCUUGAACUGGGCCAUCAUAUUUUGAAAGCUCACUUAUAUAAGAACAUAACUUUACAAGACACUUCAUCGAGAGAUCUCCAAGCCAAUUGGAUGGCUUCUGUUUCUAGUAGCGUGUCGUCUGCUCUAUGCUCGAUGAGAAAUAUAUACGCACCGAACAUCAAAGUGUCCCGGUUAUUGUUGCUCGCCGGAGCGGCCCCUGAUGUCCAAACGGACCUGUUGGGCCAAGCGCCCGCCCUGUGCGUUUACGCUUACGAAGGUGUUUACGAUAUGGUAGCACUGCUGUUAGAAUUUGGAGCCUCUCUGAACGUGUCGAAUAGUCAAGGUAGAACUCCUUUGUGGAUGGCUGCGAGCAAAGGUCAUAUAGACGUAGUAAAAUUAUUGAUUGAAGCUGGCGCGUCACCUGGGCUUACCGAUUCUGCUAGAAGGUGCCCAUUAGUAGAAGCCGCGAAAAACCGUCACUUUAACGUAGUCGCUUUCCUAUUGGGAUGCGAGUGGACAGUGACCAAUCCCAGAGUAGAGAUCGACCACAUUGAUGCUUCCCAACAAGCGUUGGUACAAGCAGCCGGACAAGGAGUGGACGACGUCGUGGAGUACUUGUUAGACGUAGCCGAAGUCACUGUUGACGGACAAGACAGUCUAUCGGGAGAGACUGCGUUGACUUUGGCAUCGUCCAACGGUCACAAGUCGACGGUCGUCUUGUUGCUUGAUAGAGGUGCUCAGGUGUCGGCCACCAAUAUGAAGUGUAUGAACGCUCUGAUAUUAGCUGCUAGAGAUGGUCAAUGGGAAGUAGUUGAGACUUUAUUGCAUAAUGGAACUCACGUUGAUAUCGUUGACUCAGAACAAAGGACCCCACUAAUGAUGGCUGCGUCAGAGGACCAUUCCGGGAUCGUUGAACUUUUACUGGACAGCGGUGCUGAUUUGAGUGCAAAAGAUCGCACGGGUCAAACCCCCUUGAGCUGGGCCUGUCUUAAAGGGCGUGUCGCUAUCGCUCAAUAUUUACUGGAUCGCGGAGCACCACUCGACCACGCGGACAAAUCUGGUAAAACGGCCCUAGACUUGGCCACGCUGAACGGGAAUCCGGCAUUAGUACAGCUAUUACUAGAAAGAGGCGCUUUGAUCGAACAUGUAGACCUGUACGGGAUGCGACCUCUGGACAGAGCGAUCAGCUGUAGAAACGUACCGGUAGUGCAGAACUUUUUAAGGAGGGGUGCCAAGCUUGGCCCGACCACGUGGAACAUGGCGUCUGGAAAACCGGACAUUAUGUUGGUUUUGCUUAACAAACUAUUGGAAGACGGAAACACUUUGUACCGGAAAGGUAGAUUAAAGGAGGCCGCCUACAGAUACAUAUACGCCCUGAACAAAUUCCCAGCGGAAAACGAACUUGAUUCAACAUUUAAACAACUUCAGAUCAACUUCUACCUAAACACUUCUCGCUGUAAAAGAAAGUUGAAUGAAGUCAACGAGUCUAUCGAGUUCGCGGAAAAAGUGCUGAAGCUAAAACCGUCAUCGUUUGAAGCGUACUACGCAAGAGCCAAAGCUCUAAAAGACUUAAGGAGAUUCGAAGACGCUCUAGCAGACAUACAAGAAGCUGUGCGAUUAGUACCACCCGGUAAUUCCGACAUCAGACAUGUCUUGUUUAGACUUAGAGACGACGUUCUAAACAAAUUGACUCUAGAUGCUCUCAAUCCAGAAAACGCCGGACCUUCUUCCUACCUCUAAAUUGAUAAUGUUCCUAACGGCGACGUAGAUAAUUUAUUUCCUAAUAAUUCAAUUUUUUUUCUAAUAUAAUUUUGUUUUUCCAUAAAUAUUCAAUAAAAAAAUUUGAUCAAAAUUAAUUUAAAGCGAAUCAACAUGUACGUACUUAAUUAUAGGUUAACUAGUUAUUUUUGAAAUCAUAUUAUUUAUAAAAAUAUAGAAAUAAAAAUGUUUUUGAGUGUAUCUACAACGGUUAAAGUUUUAUGAUCAAAAUUAUAAUGUGUGACUCACCAUCAUUUUUUAUUAAUAAUCAUUCUAUUAACAUUUUUCAAUGUUCCUGUAUCAUUUUUGUAUGUUAAUUUACUAAUUUAUGUAAUUUGAUGUUUAUUUCAAUUUGACAUAUCGUGAUUAAAGAAAGACGGUAAAGUUUUGACUAAUCGAUGAAAUGCUCGUGCAAUCAUGUUACUAAUUUUAUUUAUAGAGAUUGUUUUUAUUUUCUGGUUGUAUGGAGAUUUUAUUUCUAUUUUAGACCAUUAAA